UUAAUUGUGUUUAAAAUGUGGCUGCUACGAUUUUUGGCAGCUCAACUCUUUCUAGCUUUCAUCGUCACAGCUUUGCCCUCCAAUGCCGGCCGCAGCAGUUCAACAACAACGGUGUCUAUUGUAAAAAAAUAUGGCUAUCCUAUUGAGGAGCAUCAAGUGCAAACAUCUGAUGGAUAUCUUCUAACAAUGCAUCGCAUACCCUACUCCAAGAACACUGGUGAUAAUGGUCAUCGUCCAGUUAUGUUCCUGAUGCACGGUUUGCUCUGCUCCUCGUCUGACUGGGUUCUAAGCGGUCCCACUAAUGGCCUGGCCUUCAUUCUAUCGGAUGCCGGCUACGAUGUCUGGAUGGGCAAUGCUCGCGGCAACACCUACUCGAGGAAGCAUGCCGAUAAGUCUCCACUGUUUCAGCCUUUCUGGAAUUUCGAAUGGCAUGACAUUGGCAUCUAUGACUUGCCAGCCAUGAUGGACUACGUCCUAUAUCAUACGGGCGAGGAUCAACUGCAAUAUGUCGGCCACUCGCAGGGCACAACUUCGUUCUUUGUCUUGAACUCGAUGAUCAAGAGAUUCAGAAGUCGCAUUCGUUCGGCACAUUUGCUGGCACCAGUUGCCUGGAUGGGUCACAUGGAAAGCCCGCUUGCCAAGGUGGCAGGACCACUGUUUGGACAGCCCAACACUCUUAUCGAGCUAUUCGGUAGCGCAGAGUUCAUGCCAAACACUAGGGCCAUGGAGCUGAUGGGCUCACUACUAUGCCGUGAUGCUGCAAUUUCCCAAGUGAUAUGCACCAAUGUGCUCUUCCUGAUGGGAGGCUGGAACUCGCCGUAUUUGAAUGCGUCAAUGAUUCCAGAUAUUAUGGCAACAACACCGGCUGGCUGCUCAAUCAAUCAAAUGUUCCACUAUCUGCAGGAAUACAAUUCUGGACAUUUCCGUCAGUUCGACUAUGGCUCGACUAGAAACAAGAAGGAAUAUGGUAGCAAAACACCGCCAGAUUACGAUGUCGCUGGCAUUGAUGUACCCAUCUAUCUGUACUACAGUGAUAACGAUUACUUCGCCAGUCUCAUAGAUGUGGACAAGCUACGGAUGACCUUGGAUGAAAAGACCCUGAAACGUGCAUAUCGAUUGCCCGAAGUGAAAUGGAAUCAUUUGGACUUCCUUUGGGGCUUGAACAUCAAGGAAAUACUUUAUGACAGAGUUCUUGAAGAUAUUCAAAAUGCGUAAUACGCAAUAAUAAAGACCUUAAUUACCGAAAAGCA